AUGUCUGCACAAAAUAAUAUGGAGUUAAUUGUCAUUGAAUCAUCAAGUGGCCGGCUCAAGGAACAUACAACUCACACCAUUGAAGAUUCGCUUAAGAUUUUAGAAUGUGGUGUUGCCACUUUAAAGAAAGAGGCCAUGCACUAUAAGAACGCUUCUGUGUCGACGUUCAAGAGACUUAAGGUUUUUUCCGUACAAGUUAUCAAGACCCAGGUGACAUUGUUGGAACUAUCAUUGUACGAUGAAUCGCACUGGAGUUUUGUGGAGAAACGAUCGGCAAAGCUUCCCACCAACUGGAAUGACAGGCUGCAAAUCGUACAAUAUCUGGAACUGUUGGCGACCUUGUUUGGCGGUAUUUUAGAUACCCAACUGGUCCAAAAGGAUCUUGUCAAAGAGAAUCUUGGUCUUACAUUGCAUUUCGUUUAUUUUUACAACGAAACAUCAAUUUACUGUUAA